UUUACAGAGAUCUUGACCAGCUUAUUACAUGAGGUCUGAGUCUGCUUACUCUCCUCGAGCUGGUUUUGUCGCCUGCAGCUUAUUAUUGAAGGCAUGAAGACUUCAUCUGAUUAUUACAACAAUACAUUGUAAAAAAAAAAUUUUUUUUAAAAACGCUAUGCAGGUAAACCUGACUUCAAUCUUGAACUUAGUUUUUAUAUUUCCAAAAAAGCACUGUACUGUAAGUUGGCAGUUGUUGAUGAAUCGUGAAUCAUUUGAAGUGCUGUGCAGUGUGUGUGUGUGUGUGUGUGUGUGUGUGUGUGUGCGUGCGUCCGUCAGAGGGUGUGGGUCGAGAUCCUCUUAACACGUGCCUGCACAGAAAGAUAACGCUGCUCGUUUACAUGAAAUAAACCCUGAUGGAGCUCAGCGACUGAUUAUCUACAGGAGCCAAGAGAGUCUGAUGGCGUGACAGAGACGAGCUGCUGAGCGCUGGAGAGAAAGCAGCUUUAGGUCGUGUGCUCAUUACCCUUCUGCCCCGUUUGCAGCAGCCGGCUGUGUGAAGAAGACCGUGAUGACAGACCAGGAGACGCUCAGCGUGGACGAUCCACCUCCAGCAUACAUCAUCUUCCUCCUGGUGUUCCUCUUCUUCAUCACGGGCCUUCUGGGAUUCCUGAUCUGUCACUGUCUGAAGAAGAAGGGCUACCGCUGCAAGCUGGAGGAGGAUGAAGAAGACUGUGAAGACAAACUGGGGGCAGAGCAAGAUGAUGCAUCAGAAGACAGUCAAGACACCGUGGAACAAAUCCUGAAAUGCAUCAUUGAGAAUGAAGCCAAUAUGGAGGCUUUCAAAGACAUGGUGGUUGGCCAAAAUGUUUGUGAACAUCACGAUCCACGCUUGCGUCACAAAGAUAGCGUCGGUGGUCUUCCCCUUCACCAUCACACCGUUCAUCUGGGAGGCGAGAUCAGCUCGUGUGUUCACUGUAUGCAGAAUCGCGUGUUAAAAUCGCGCCGCAGGAGCCGCAUGUCUCGAAGCAGAGCCCGGCCGGGAGAGCAGACCGUGCUUUCUGUGGGCAGAUUUCGUGUCACUCACAUGGAGAAGAGAAACAGCCUGCAGGGUUCGAUGAAUAUUCCUACACCAAAGCCUGGAAACACAUCGAAUGACACGACACUCUCAGACAGCAGGACGGACUUUAAAGACACUUCCAAAAAACCUCAGGAGGAAUACAACAUCCGCAACAUGUUCAAAGAACCUGGAGCAGUGAACGGCAAAGUCCCGAACCUCAGCAAACGCAAGAAAAGUGUGACACUGCUGGGCUUCUAUAAGGCUAGUAAUGCUGUGGAGACUAAAGCAGGACAGGAGGUGUUUGUGGAGGACAAGGAUGAGUCGAGCACUGCCGAUCAGUUAUCUGAAUGCUGGAGCUCCGGCGCGGUGUCUCCCACAGAUCCCACCAAAACCGCUUUAGAUGAAAACUCAAAUAAAGCCUCCGGGAGUCAAUUACAGGAGACUUUGAGAGAGAGCAGCCCAGAGAACCAGAAGAUUGAUGAAGCCACUUUAAAUGAGAAACCACAGGACAAAAUAAGUGCAAACACAACAGGGAUUGUUGGUGAUGGUUCUAAUGGUUGCUCUAGGUUUUCUGUGGUACGGACUGUUGAAGAGACUAUCAUCACACCCGCAGCUAACACUGACAAAAGAGAUGAUACACCAACACAUGAUGAACCUAAGACUGGACAAGUUAGUCAGUAGAGUAUAGACAAUCAGCAAUAGACCCACAAACAUAACAUCAUAAGAUGAUCAAAUUGGUGUAUUUUGAGAAUGAGACUCAGAUGGAAAACUUAUCAUUUGCCACAACACUGCUUUUACCAGUAGUACACUUUAUAUGUGAAUUAAUUGCAUAUUAAAUCUAUAUAUGAAGGGCCCAAUUGAUAAAGCAAUAUAUUCAAAUAGCCUAUAUUGACAAUUUGGUGGUUUUCUGUUCACAUCUUUACAAAGCAGCUUCAACACAACUGAGUACAGUGAGUACAGCGGCUCCCUCCACACAGGUCAGGUCUCUCCAAACCGGCUGAUGAUACCCAUGCUGAAACAGGGUCAGAUCGUACUAUGUGAGGUUGUGGCUGUUAAAAGAAUGAGACAAACAACAGAGAUAAAGAUACAAAUUAUGUAUUUACAAUAUCCUCAUGCAACUUUAAAACAACAUAGUAAAGACAGGAAAAAAUUAAAGUAAAAGAGUCCAUUAAAGAGCUGUUAAUGUAAAGAGUCCAUUGCACCACCCCCUAAAGCAGCCCUAAAGGAUCCUAGUGUGUUGGAAGUGUAUAUACAGUCUAAUAAAAUAAUAAUCCAGAUCCUUGAUGCUUGAGCACUGUAAAACAUAUAUUUUUUAAAGAUGUAAAUAAACAAAUAUUACUUUUACAAGAAAGUAUAUUAGUCUUGGUACUUUACAAUGUCAUGUUUAAUUCAAUGUUAUUUGCAAUUUCUUUGUAAUUUGUUACAUUUAUUAGCAGUUUUGCAGUGACAAUUGUUCCACUUCCAUAUAUUACUGUGUCUGGGGUUGUGGAGUUUUGUCGGACAAGGAGUUGUGUAGCAUGUUCCAAUAAAAA